CUGCGGUUCCGAGGGGGAGAGCGAGAGCCCGGAGGAGGAGCGACCCGCGCCGGCCUCUGCAGCGCACCAUCGAGCAGAAUGCCAGUGGGCAGUGGAGAGAGCAGCCAUUAUCUGUCAGUGGACAUGGUUGCAGGCUCAGAUCUCUGACUUGGAGUAUCGCAUAAGGCAGCAGACAGGUAUCUACAGGCAACUACGUGCCACCAAGGGCUCAGUUGUUCUUGGUGGUGAUCAGCAGCCUGAAGAUGUGAUGAAGCAGCAUGGGCAAUUAGGUUCAGCAUCAGUGGUGAAUUCCAGAAAGAAUAAGGGACUGCCACCUUCCUUCUCUUCCACCCUGAAGGUCCCUUCAGUGGAGAGACAGUGUGAUUUGUCCUCCAGCAUUCCUCCUUACUUCAUGAACAACGUGGAGAAACAGAGUUCUCGCCUUACGCAAUCUUUAGGAAACCCUGUGUAUCUAAGUCCCUCCUGUACCCCCAUCAGUGGGUAUCCAGGAGCCCCAAAAGCCUGCAUGUCACCCCACCAAGUCAACGGAAAAAUUAACUGUCUGCACACAAGCUGCUCCAAUAGCAUCUCUCUGACCAGUUUGAAAGCUGAAGAGAUUCUCAAACAGAAACAACUGGAUAGCCUGGUUACUAUACCUUCUGUACCAGACAACAGCUGUGUUGCUGCUAGAAUCCGCCCCAUUUGCAGAUACAAGAAACGCAAGCUGGUCCGAGCAAACACUGUGUCUCACCUUAGCAAGAAGCCACAGAGACCUCUCACCGUGAAGUGUAACUGUGAAUGGCCCAGGACUUGUAUCCUAUGUGAUUGUAAAACAUCUAUUCAGGCCAUAGACCCAGACACAAUGUCCUUAGAAGAGCGUAUAGCACUGCUGGAUUCUGGCUUCCAUCCCAUAUUGUCAUUCUCUCAUGGCAAGCCUCUUCACUUGCACUUUGAAACCUUGCUAAGAGAGGACAGGCAGCAUAGAUUGAGUCAUAAGUUCAAGGCUUUGAAGAUGUCCCAUUUUGGAAAGAAGCCACAAGAGCUAACCAACAACAUUUUACCAAAGCUAGGCCUAUCGCCUCUCUCUGCAUCCAGUUCAUUGUUUAAAGAGGAAAGUCAGUUUAAAGGAACAGACAGUCACAGCUUGCUUGCUUCUAGUUCUGAGACACAGAAACAUAGUCCUUUGAUACACCACCUACCAUCUUUGUAUCUCGAAACUCCUCCAGCGUCCUCUUCCAGCCAGUGCCCUUCUGCUGAUAAUUCAACAAUGCUGUCUUCUAAGAAAAGAAAAGUGGAAUGUUCCUAUGACAUCAAUAAUAUUGUGAUCCCAGUAUCGAUGGCAGCAGCUACUCGAGUGGAGAAAUUGCAGUACAAAGAGAUUCUAACACCAAGCUGGAGAGUGGUAGAGCCUGAAGAAGUGGAGCCACUGGAUGAAAUGGACUGUGAGGAUGCUCAGGAACAGGACCGAGACACUAACAGUUGGUCUUGGUGGUCGGAGCCAUGGGGGUGGCCCUGCCUGGAGCUGGAAGACACUUCUGAUGAGACAUACUUGAACCAUCACACCAAGUAUGAGGAGCUUGAACGAGCCCGAUGGAAUUCAUGGGCAGUGGCAGUUUCCCACAAGCGAGGAAGCAGGUCCUCCAACAAAGCAGAUGGUCAGUGGACACCUCAGCCAGCAUCUCCUGAUUCUGGAUUUAAUUUCCUUAAUGAACUCUACAUGCACUCGUCUCAAGGAUUUCACAACCCUGAGCCUUGUAACAUUCUGAAACCCCUCUCCAUGAAGAACAGGCCCAGAGUGCUGCUGUCCUGCACUGAAAACACCAAAUUCUCCCCAGAAAUAUUAGAUGAAGUAAUACAGAGUGUACAACCUUGGGAACCGCGCACAUUUCCCCUCUCAGACAUAGCAUACCAAGCUCUUCUGGACCAGCCAAGUGAAGAUGGAUGCAACCAGACAGGAGACUUUCAAGACUGGGACUUUAGCAACAAGCAUGCCAUCAGGACUAACAGUAUAGACUCUGCCAUAUCUGAUUGUAGGGAGCCACUUGUUUCAGAUAUGGACCUGCAAACAGAGGGCAACAGAAGCUUGGAGGUGUUCGCAGACCAGCAAUACUUUUCAGGAAGGCUGUUCAACAACAGAUGAACACCUGAUUUAUGUGAUGUGUUAGGCAGAUACUUUAUUUCAGAAUCAAAAGCUUGGCUGAUGAGCUGGUUCUGCAGAGCACUAGCAGUGAAUAGUGCUACCAUGCCUGAGACCUAGACUCAGCAGCAGAUUUGGGGCUCCCAUUUCCCCAGAUUGGGAAGGUUUGGGCACACUGCAACAAUAAGGUGCUGGAUUUCUGAGGGGAGUAUGCUGUCCAGAAAUAACAGCUUCUGAUUAACUCUGGAGAAAAGGGAUCAGUUUGCUUUGCUGACAAGAAGGUUAGGUGCUGUGACAGUUGCAGCAGCCCAGGAUAAUGUGGAGAGAGAUAGUGGGUUAAAAAACAAAUGAAAAUCAAACAAUAGAGAGGAAACCAAAUAGGCUGUUCUAAUUUUGUUUGAUGUUCAAACAUCUGUGUCUUGAAAGAUGUCCCCUGACUUCACAUCCAGUCUUCAGUUGCUUUUUGUCUACUGUGUCAUGGUGGAGCAGGACUAGGAACAGAUUUCAAGAGAAUUGUGCCAGAUCAUCAACUGGUAAACACCUGAAAAGGUAUGGGGAAGUGGGGAACAGUGAUGCAUGGCUUUUAUUUUUUUAAAUGCGGCUAUGAAAGCAAAUCAUUUCUUGAGUAUGUAAAAAACAAGUUCCCUUGGUCUUGCACAAAUGAUGUUUGUAUCGAUUGCCUUCAAAUAAACUACAAAUAAUUUUCA